GAUUACAAAGCCAUUGACAUUUGCUGACUGUGUCGGUGAUGAGCUUCCUUUAGGAUGGGAAACUGUUUACGAUCAACAGAUUGGAGUUUAUUAUAUGGACCACAUAAAUCAGCUCACACAAAUUGAGGACCCAAGGGAGCAAUGGAGAAGGGAGCAGGAACGCAUGCUAAAGGAAUAUUUAAUAGUUGCCCAGGAGGCACUCAACGCCAAGAAAGAGAUUUACCAAAUAAAGCAGCAGCGUUUUGAGCUAGCACAACAAGAGUAUCAACAGUUGCACAAAAUGUGUGAGGAUGACAGCCGUUCCUAUGCCAGCUCAUUCUCUGGAUUUUCAACUAAUACCAAGUAUGACCCAUAUCAGAUAAAAGCAGAAAUAGCCAGCCGACGUGACAGACUUUCUAGGCUAAAACGAGAAUUGGCACAGAUGAAGCAGGAACUGCAAUAUAAAGAAAAAGGAGUAGAAACUCUGCAAGAGAUUGAUCGUAAGAUGUCAAGUGCUCAUACAAAUUACAGACUGGAUGAAGCACAAGCUAUAAUGAGUGAGCUUCGAACCAUAAAGAAAGCUAUAUGCACAGGUGAAAAAGAAAGGCAGGACCUUAUGCAGAGCCUGGCCAAAUUAACAGAUGGAUUCAGGAAUAGUUGUUGUAUUACAGAUUCCCUGCAGGAUCUCCAGCACAAUUCUAGUUCACUCAGCGACUCCGGUUUACCUCAACAACACUGCGAUGCUUGUUCUCAGACUGACAUCACUGGAGAGUUUGGGUUUGAUGACAAAACAAGACUUGUAGACAAAGUAAGACUGAACUGGCAGUAUGAAGAGGCCAAGAAAAGGUAA